AUGUCCGAUGAUUGGAAAGCGAACCUCAAUAUUCCAGCAAAGGACUCCAGACCUCAAACCGAAGAUGUUACAAAGACACAGGGUAAAUCAUUUGAAGAAUUCGGGUUGAAAAGGGAACUUUUAAUGGGUAUUUUUGAGGCUGGUUUUGAAAAACCUUCUCCUAUUCAAGAAGAAUCUAUUCCUAUGGCCCUCGCUGGCAGAGAUAUAUUGGCCAGAGCCAAGAACGGAACCGGUAAGACAGCGUCGUUUAUCAUUCCGGCAUUACAGCAAGUGAAAACAAAAUUAAAUAAAAUCCAAGUGUUGAUCUUGGUGCCCACAAGAGAGCUUGCUUUGCAAACUUCUCAGGUGGUGAAAACUUUAGGCAAACACUUGAAACUCCAAUGCAUGGUUACUACUGGUGGUACCUUGUUAAGAGACGAUGUUAUGAGAUUGGACGAGCCGGUCCAUAUUUUAGUCGGUACUCCCGGUAGAGUGUUAGAUUUGGCUGCGCGGUCCAUUGCUGACUUCUCAGAAUGCCCGAUGUUUGUGAUGGACGAAGCAGAUAAAAUGUUAUCCAGAGAAUUCAAAGGAAUCAUCGAGCAGAUCUUGGAAUUUUUCCCCAAGAACAGACAAUCGUUAUUGUUCUCUGCUACUUUCCCUCUUGCAGUCAAGUCGUUUAUGGAUAAGCAUUUGAACAAACCUUACGAAAUCAACUUAAUGGACGAACUUACCUUACGGGGUAUUUCGCAAUUUUACGCUUUUGUCGAAGAAAAACAAAAGCUUCACUGUCUCAACACGUUGUUCAGUAAACUCAAGAUUAAUCAGGCGAUCAUCUUUUGCAAUUCGACCAACAGAGUUGAAUUGCUCGCCAAAAAGAUCACCGAAUUGGGCUACUCUUGUUACUACUCUCACGCAAAGAUGCCUCAACAAGCAAGAAACAAGGUUUUCCAUGAGUUUAGACAAGGAUCGGUUCGUACCUUGGUAUGUUCUGAUUUGUUGACUAGAGGUAUUGAUAUCCAAGCAGUCAAUGUCGUCAUCAACUUUGACUUUCCCAAAACCGCCGAAACUUACUUGCACAGAAUCGGUCGGUCCGGUAGAUUUGGCCACUUGGGUUUGGCAAUCAAUUUCAUCCACUGGGAUGACCGGAAAAGUUUAUUCAAUAUAGAAACCGAGUUGGGCACCGAGAUCAAACCAAUUCCCAGCGACAUCGACCGAAGUUUGUACGUUACUGAAGACGAGGCGUCGAUACCCCGUCCGUUCAAGAUCGACGAGUUACCUAAGGGAAACGAACAUAGUCGGAAAAGAAAUGGAUACGAAUACAGAGGUCAACCUACCUCGCAAGGAUUUCCUCAACAACCUCCUCAGGCUAAUACAGGCUACAAUCAGGUGCCACAGGGCUCACCACAGGCCCAGGGCUUACAAGGAUCUCCUCAGGGUUUACAAGGGUCUCCCCAAGGAAUUCCUCAAGGGUCUCCUCAAGGUAUUCCACAGGGCAUUCCACAAGGGCUUCCACAAGGAGUUCCACAAUUUCCCCAAGGUUAUCCCCAGGGCAUUCCUCCCCAAGGUCCCCAAGCUUACCAGAAUUACCAAAUUCCCCCUCAACAGGUACCUGCUCAAUUCAAUGGCCAUAGUCAGUACAGCCAGUACCAGUCACAACCGUUUUGA